AACCACAAGACCGCGGAGUGUCAGUACAGUGAUUAUGUGUGUAAGAAGUGUAACGUUAAAGGCCAUCUACGUAGGGUGUGUCCGUCAAAAGUGAACUACGUAGACAAUGGAGCCGACGACGAGGACUUCGGAGACGAUGUGCUCACAGGACAAUACUAAUGUAUCUAACCGUAAAAAAUUCGCAAUUGGCUCAUUUGUACUAUAUACAAAAAAUGUAAACAAUGAUAAAAUCAUGUGGUGUAAAGGAACGGUACAAAAACGAAUAGGACGCGUAAUGUAUUUAAUUAAAGACUGGGAUUCUCAAAUAUGUUAUCGCAAACACAUAAACCAAUUAGCAUUGUAUAAGGGUCAUAUAGGAGAUGCUAAUGUAUGGGACUACGACGAUCACGAUAAACUUACACACUCACCUGCCUCGACGUCUACGCCGACACCAGUACAUGCGCCGCCGUCGCCGCCGCCGUCGCUGCCGCCGCCAUCGCGGUCGCCGCCAUCGCCGCCGCCGCCGCCAUCGCCGCCAUCGCGGUCGCCGCCGCCGCCGCCGCCGCCGCCGCUAACGCAGUCGCCGCCGCCGACACCACAAUCGUUGAUGUUGCCACCGCCCGACCAGAAUGCAUCAGACCGUACUCACCCCAUGGAGGAGGAAGAGUACGACGAAGACGAGGAAGCGGAGGAAGAGUUUCAUGAGGCAGAGUCAGAAUCAGAAUCAGAUGAUGAACCGCCAACAGGCAAGGCACGGAGAGUGAUGCGUCCCCGUCCCAGAGUAAAUUAUAAAAAAUACUUUUAGGCUUUAGCAUUACAAUUAGGUUAAAGAUUAAUACUGUAAUAGGUGGAGGGAUGUUCAGUAUGCGACUAACGUACGCUUGCAUGUGUGUGUGUGGCUGCGCCCACCACGAUACCUGUACGCCAAUAAACCAGUGCAUAACUAGC